ACUACCGGUUUGCAGGUUUGGAGGAGUGUUUGAGCGGGAAUGGCGGAAAUUAAUUCUUAUGGGAAUAGUGAAGAUUGAUGUUUGGUGCUUGGUGAACGCGAAGUCCAGUUAAACGCCGCAAAUAGUGAAAUAUUAGUUUAUAUGUUUUGUGACCUAUAUAACUUUUUGUUCGAGAACAGCUUAUAAGUAUAAACAAUGAGAAUUCACGUAGUUAUAUUGGUGAUCCUAGCAUACUAUGGCUAUGAAGUAAAGGCUCAGAUAGUGGCUCCAACUGAAUCGGUUAUGCUACAGCAAGAGGUAUCGUUCAAUUGCUGUAACCAGUACCCCUAUUCGGAAAGACGAGACUUGCCGAUGACCUACUGUUAUGAGAAAACGUCUAAGGCUUUUGACAGAAUUUUCAGGACCACCUAUGUUGCCUUGAACAUAACUCCGCAAACUUACACUCUAUUCGAAGGAGGAAAUGCAGAGGAGGUUUGGUCACAGUACCUAACCCACAAAAGCUCUUGGUAUCCUACUUUCUUGAACUGGCGAAGAAACAACAUCUACUUAAAUCCGUUCAAUGACUCUUGCAUUGGAAUUUUGACCUAUGAUGACUAUUCCGUAAGGCUUGAGAUUCUAUAUCUUGAUGGUACCAGAUUUUCCCUUCUUAUCCUUGGAGUCAUCGCAGUGUUCUUCGCCUCCAGAUUGGCCCGACAACCGAUAUUCUUCUACAUCGUUGGAGUAUCUUCUGGAGUUCUUGGGUCCGUCCUCUUCAUUGCAUACUUCCUGCUACGUCUCCUCCCGAUGCGGAAAACAUUGGCAGUGGGUCUGUUAACCAGCGGAACGUCGUUUAUCUACUAUGGAUUUUGGUUACUAGAAAAGCAGAUAAAGGACAUUUAUGUACACGCACAUCGAGUACUGUGUUGGGUAUGUGGUGUUCUCAGCACUAAUCAGCUUCUUGGUCUGUUUUCGAUUUGGUCCAGUAGUGGAUCGUCGGAGCAUCAAGAUAAUAAAGUGGAUCCUACAGACCUUUGGGUUGCUGUUGAUAUACUUGAGCAUCAGCAUGGAAGAAUACUCACUGCCAUUCAUCAUCUGCAUCCUGAUUGGGUAUAUAAUGCCACCCAGGUGUACCAAAGCGGUACUCAAGGAAUUGAGAUAUUUUUGGAGGCAAUGGAGACUGCAGCGACAGAUGGCAAACCCUCCACCCCUGCUUACCGAAGAGCAGUACAUGCUACAAGGACAUGAAGUAACAACGCGAGAGCUAAAAAAGCUUCGUGAAUUCUGUACCGGACCCAAUUUCCAUCAAUGGCAAAGAGUCGUAGGACUCAAUAAUCCGCCCAAGUUUGUUGACUUCAUCAAUGGGGACAGUCAUAUCUCAUUAGAAGAAAGACUCCAGCACGAUGCUGAAUACUUGAAUAUGUCAGACGAUGAAGUGGCGGAUAGUCUGGAGGACGAAGAGGAAUUUGAAGGUUUUUAA